UCUUCACCUCCCUCGUGUCCAGUUUUCGCCAUGUCACUCAGAGGUGAUCUGCCUACACGGCCCGUUGCUGGACCGCAUGGCUACUCUCCAUUUCACUUGAUCCGAUCGGCUUAAUGAUCUGUCGUUUGUAGACCGCAUUACAGAAGUGCUAACUAUUUCAUUCCUGCUGUCACACUCCUUCGAUGCUUUUGAUGGUCUAUCCGAAAUCGUUGGUUGCUUCAUAGGUUGACUGACCUGACAGAUCUUACCUCUACCGCUAUGUCCUUCGGUGGACGGACUCCCGAAUCACUUCUCCCACGAUCAGACUCGAAGAAUCCCGCUACUACAUGCAGAGGCAUCACCUCAACCGGGCGCCCAUGCCGAAGAGCCCUAGCAGCUUCACCGAGGACAUCUCCUGCUCCAUCACCCAGUCGAGACGCCGGUGUCCUCGCUGUAUUGGACCAGCAAAAUGCAGCUGCAUUCUAUUGUUGGCAACACAAGGAACAAGCUGAACAUCUAGCGGCCUCGAGUCGCCACAAGACGAGCUUACAUCCGCUGAAAGAGAAGUCAAGCAUUGAUACUCUGGUCGAACGAGUGUGCAUCUUAGAAUUGGAUGAGAUCGUUCCAGAACCGAGACGGCACCGCCGACGGCAGGAGAAUAAUGAUCACCGUCCUACACGGCGGGAGACAUUACCCUCUGGGUGGGCGGAGAUGCAGAGCCCAUUGAUGAAAGUCCCGGAAGAGAUGGUUCAAUAUCGACCUCUACAGAAACGCCGCGCUCACUCGCCGCGGUCUAAUGUCAAAUUGUCGUGGUCUUGCUGUAUUCAAGCCGAUGACGACAAUUAUCCGCCUCCCAGGACUCACCAGCCUCGAGAAAAGCAUAAUCCGAGACCUCAACCCUCCCGCACAGCUGUCUGUCAAUAUGCAAGAACUUCAAGGCCAGAGAUGAGCCAGCGGCAGGAAAGACCAUCCGCCAGUCUCGCAACGCCCCUCUCGCGGCCGUCUCCAACACCACUCCGACCCAGCCCGGCAGUCUCAGUCACUCACUCCCAAACCCAGACCCUGCUGUCUCUCAUCCCUUCCAGCCUUUCCCCCCAAACGACAUCUCUCCUUCUAACGGAGCUAUCGAGACCGACCCCACCCACCGACGACACUGGGUACAUCUACAUAUUCUGGCUCACACCUGAAUCCGAAGUCUCCAAACCAGAUGACGAGACCGCGUCAUCUUUGCUGGAUGAUGAGGAUAACAUGUACACCGCCCGCGCACAGCGAACCAACCAGGCCAUCCAGCGCUAUGCCUCCGUCCGGCAUCCUCAGCCUAGAAAUCCAGCUCAUGUCCAGCGCACGAUGAUGUUGAAGAUUGGCCGUGCAGAGAACGUCCACAGGCGCAUGACGCAAUGGACGAAACAGUGUGGACAGAACAUCACUCUUAUUCGCUACUAUCCCUACACCGGAACGGGAUUAAACCAUGUCCCGGGUCGAAAAGUCCCUCAUGUCCACCGUGUCGAACGACUCAUUCACCUCGAAUUGGCAGAGAAGCGAGUGGUCAAGUCCGAAUGCGACCAAUGCGGCCGUGUCCACCAAGAAUGGUUCGAGAUUGAAGCCACGAGAGCCGGCCUGCGCGGCGUAGACGAAGUCGUGAAGCGGUGGGUUGCUUGGGCUGAACGGCAGUAGGAGGCUAGCUAAGUCAAGAGUUAUGGUCGGCCCUCCUUUUUACGAAAUAUUACGAUGAAAAUUUCUGUUUCCACCAGUCCCUCCCAACUUGUUUGCCGCUGUUGUGCUACCUACCUCAGGCUACCUUUUCUCUCAACCCUGGCCGUGAAAGUUCGUGACGCAAAUCUGUCCUUUUGAGGCCGUCGAUGAACUCGAUGCACGGACCUUUGGUAUACUUUGCGGGAUUGGUAUUGCGGUUUGAGCGCAUUACGAGCUCCUUCGUGAGCCCAGCGGUUGCGAACAUCGCUGGCAUGGCCUGGAACCCACUGCAGAUGCACUCUGACACCCAGAGUCAUCAGCGCUUCGAUCGUCGUAUUAACGCGUCUCAGUGGUGACCGCGAAGCCGGUGGCCACCCAGAAUCCGAAUACCAGCAGCAAGUGAUAGUGUCUAGCACCGGCUGACUAUCCGUGAACACAUUGACGACCUUCGGCAUGGGCCAGGGAACAGUAGCGACACGACGCUUUAGCUCCUCAGCAGCCCCAGGUUUCUUUAUCUUUGCCUUGGUGACGGCGAUACCGGAGAUGCGUUCGCAUUGCUCGACGGUGAUCUCCAAUGCUUGCCCCACGGCCAUCAUUUCAGCACGUCCGAUGUCACGAAUGUCGCGUGCCACGAAGGAGUCUUGCCACCAUAUGAUGGCAAAGUCUCGGUCAUCGGGACUGCUGUUGUCGAGACGACGGUGUACGACGCAGAGGCCGCAUCCUUCGAGCUUGACCGGUUUGGGGCCCCGCAGGCAAGCAUCCGUCCAGAACGAAAGUUCAUAUGGUGGCAAAUGAGGCUGGAGACGAGCCGCUGUUUGAGAGUUGAGAAGCGCGUUUUCCCAAGUUGAGAUGGUCACCAAUGGCUUGGUCGGGACUUGCGGGGGCAGUUUUUCUGAGAUGAGGUCGAGGUCGGGUUCAGCGGGUUCCUGGACGUCCAUGCUGUCAGGUUUCUCAUCCGCCGUGCCUUGCACCGCUUCUUCUUGCGUUUGGUCUGCUCUCGAUGAGUGCUCUGAGCAGCCCACGAGCUCUCCGGAGAGCUGGUGUUGGUCUUCGAUUGAUAUGCCAGGAGCUGGAGGUAAGGACACGUCGGGAAUGUGAGGAGACAUGGCUGGAUGACGGUUUCGAAGUUUUGGUCAGCAAGCAGAUAAUGUACUUCGAAGAGGGUCGGAUUAUGAAAGAUCGCUGAUCUAGAAAUGUGACGGUGGUCUGGAGGAUUAUGUUCUUCAACGAAAACGAUGCGAUGCGCCAACGAAAAUAUACCAGGUACGUCUGCUGGCUGCCAAGAUCCUCAUGGCUUGGGACAGGCAAAAUUUGACGAGGAGCCUUCGCUUGGGCACCAACGAUGAGUCAACCAUGGUUGACCCGAACAGGAUGGGCCUAAGACGCGGGAAUCACGAAAGGUUCGAUCGCGCAAUGUGAUGGAAUUGCAAGUUAGCGCGAAGUGAGGUCGAGUGUAUAUGUGUUGCUGUGCCACAAAAUGAGGUGUGAGAGACACGGGUCAUCUCUUCACCAUCAUCUGUACAAGCACGCACGCAAGUCCAGCCGCCUCGAGAUUAUCCCAUACGCACGGCAUGGUUCGGAGGCACAUAGUCAAGAAGGCUCCGAGUGGCAGCGAGUCUGGACGACAUGGUGGUCGAUACCCAAUCCAGGGUUCUGCUGCGCAAAAUCAUAGCCUAGAGCUUGGAUGCAGGCCGCAAGAAAUCCGACGCAGCACCAAGCGCCCGGACAGCCUCAUCCAUCAUCUCCUUGACAAUCUUGGCAGCCGAUUGAUUCGGGGUGUUCACCAUAGCCGAGACAACACCCAUAGGCCUGCACAUCAUUAGCAUCAUGUCACACCAGAAAACCCCCAUAUCUCUUCAUGAAUGGCAAUGACCGUACGAACCUCAACGUCGACUGGUCCUCAAUCUCCUCCGUAAUGCCGCCGACUUUUUCCAGCUUGUCCAUCUCGUGAUACAGUGGGAUAACACCCUUGGCUUGCAGGCUCUUGAUUUCGUCCUGUCGGUUCGUCUCCCAGUUGCGCACGUAGGGCGUUGCGAGCGCGCGUAGAGGCCGGCCGGUC